AUGGAAUCGAAGUUUGUUGUCGAAUUUGGUUAUGCAUUUUUUGCGAAUCGUAAACUUAUAACUGUCUUCUCAGCUGCACGAUAUCACGAAGAUCUUUGUAAUUUUGGUGCUGUUGUCGUUAUAGAUAGCCAUUUGGAAUUAUCAUUUCUACAACUUAAGCCAAGCGAAUGUGAACAACAACGAAAGGAAAAGCUUGUACCAACGGCAGAUGAUUUAGAGGAUGAUAAAAUUUAA